GAGUGUGUAUCCUGGAGCUGUCGGCUGCCGGAGGCGGGAGGAAAGGGGCCGCCCGGGCCCGGGCGGGGCCGCGGCCGGCGAAAGUCUGCGGAGGUCUGCCAGGGAAGUCGAGUCUCCGGAAGUGGCAGUUGUAAACACCGUCUCCCUGGGGCUGGUCUCCCUCUUGUUCCCCUCUGUGCUCUUUGUUCCCCCUCCCUGGGUCCUAGAGUCCGUCGUGUUCCAACAGUUUUUGCUCUGACCCCGCGGCCUGCCUGGGCCUCUUUCUGCCUUUGAGAUCCGAAGCUGCCCCAGGGGUCUUGGGUGUGCAGUCUGGAUCACGGGAGACCCCUGAGACACAUUGAGAGAGAUGAGUACAUUCUGGAUGACCCACAGGACUCAGAUGUGAGGAUAUUGGACUUCUGCUGGGGAUACCAAGAGACCUUGUGAGAUCUUCAUAUUUGUGUCUAUUUGGAGUUAGUUAGUUAUCGAGAUGUUUACCCAAAGAUUCCUUCACACUGUAGUAACUUAGAGUUGUUGACUCUGUAUAAUUUGGAGUGUCUCUGGUAGAAGAGUGUUCUGGAGAGAAGGCCGGGACUUCAGCCCAUGUAACCUGUAAGCCACAGACGUCUUGGACAGUUUUAAUCAUUAAUAACGAAGUAUAUCACUGAGCAACAGUGGGGUAUUUUGAAAGAGUUGGAAGACUCAUCAUGAGUUUGAAUACUUCAAAUAAUGCCUCCGGUGAUAUCCAAAGGUUGAAGAAUGCCUCAUCUGAUAUAAAACAAAUGGUUAAAAAUGAAACAGACUUGGAUAUUACUGCUGAUCUCAGAAAGAAACUCCAUCGGGCUAAGAAAGAAAAAUUAGAAAUAACAACUAAGCACAAUGCAGAGCUGGCAAGCUACGAGAGCCAGAUUGCCAAGCUACGAUCCGAGGUUGAAAAAGGAGAGGCAUUGCGACAAAGUCUGGAAUAUGACCUGGCUGUUGCUAGAAAGGAAGCUGGACUCGGAAGGCGGGCUGCUGAAGAAAGAUUAGCGGAGGCACAUAGGAUCCAAGAAAAACUCUGUGCUCAGAAUGCAGAACUUCAGGGAAAGGCAAGUGGGAUGGAGAAAGCAUUCCAGACUUCCCAGCAGAAAUGGAAAGAAGAAUGCAGAAGAUUUGAAUGUGAUUUGGAGGAAAGAGACAAUAUAAUUCAAAACUGUGAUCAAAAAUAUGAUUUACUUAUGAAAGAAAAAAGCAGACUAGAGAAAACUGUACAGGAAACGUUGGAAAAACAUCAGCAGGAGAAGAAUGAGAUGGAGUCUCAUAUCAGGGAGACAGCAUUGGAGGAAUUUAGAUUACAAGCAGAACAAUGGGAAGCAGAAAGAAGAGAGUUACAAUUUAUAGUACAGGAGCAAGAUAAUGCUUUACAAAAUAUGCAUGAGAAAGUAGAAAAAUUAGAAGCCGAACACAUGGAGUGCUCUGACCUUUUACGUCGACAGACAAGUGAACUCGAAUUUAGCACUCAACGAGAGGAACGUCUUAGAAAAGAGUUUGAGGCAACUACUCUAAGAGUGAGGAAAUUAGAAGAAGAUAUUGAAGCAGAGAGAGCAGCACAUUUGGAAUCGAAAUUUAAUUCUGAAAUUAUUCAGUUACGGAUUCGAGACCUUGAAGGAGCUUUGCAGGUAGAAAAGGCCAGCCAAGCAGAAGCUGUUGCUGAUUUGGAAAUGAUCAAGAAUGAAUUCAAAGAAGUUGAAAGUGCAUAUGAACGAGAAAAGCAUAAUGCACAAGAGAGCUUUGCAAAACUAAAUAUAUUAGAGAGAGAGUAUUUCUCCAAAAACAAGAAACUAAAUGAAGAAAUCGAGGAACAGAAGAAAGUAAUUAUAGACCUUUCAAAGAGACUCCAGUAUAACGAAAACAGUUGCAGUGAAUUACAGGAAGAACUUGUAAUGGCUAAGAAGCACCAGGCUUUUCUGGUAGAGACAUGUGAAAAUAACGUGAAAGAGUUGGAAUCAAUCUUGGACAGCUUUUCUGUGUCUGGCCAGUGGACAUCAGGCAUCCACAGGGAUAAAGAUAAACCUCCCAGCUUCUCUGUUGUCCUUGAGAGUUUGAGGCGUACCUUGACAGAUUACCAGAACAAGCUGGAAGAUGCAUCUAAUGAGCUAGGCAACAUGAAUCAUGCUAAGGAAAAGACAUCUAAUGAACUUGAGUCUACCAAACAGAAGUACCUUCAGGAUAAAUUGGCUGAUGUCAAUAAAGAGUUAAGUCAUUUACGCACUAAAUGUGCAGACAGAGAGGCUCAAAUAAGCACUUUAAAAGUGGAACUACAAAAUGUGCUGCACUGUUGGGAGAAAGAAAAGGCGCGAGCAGCCCAAUCUGAAAGUGAGCUGCAGAAGCUUUCCCAGACUUCCCAUACGGAUACCGAGGAGAAGCUAACCUUCCUUCAUACCUUGUAUCAGCACUUGAUAGCAGGCUCUGUGCUCAUAAAACAACCAGAAGGCAUGCUGGAUAAAUUCUCUUGGUCUGAGCUUUGUGCAGUUUUGCAGGAGAAUGUUGAUGCCCUGAUCGUAGACCUCAACAGGGCUAAUGAGAAGAUAAGUCAUCUAGAGUAUAUCUGUAAAAACAAGUCUGAUACGAUGAGAGAGCUUCAGCAAACCCAGGAAGACACCUUUAACAAAGUGGCAGAGCAGAUCAAAGCCCAGGAGAGCUGCUGGCACAAGCAAAAGAAGGAACUGGAGCUGCAGUACUCCGACCUCCUCGUGGAGGUACAGAAGAGGGCACAGAAAUUUCAAGAAAUUGCUGAAAAAAAUAUGGAAAAGUUGAACCGUAUUGAGAAGUCACAUGAACAAUUGGUUGUUGAAAACACACAUUUCAAAAACUUGUUAUCACAGACUAAAAGGGAACAAACAUCCUUGCUGGCAGCCUGCGCAUUGAUGGCUGGUGCCUUAUAUCCUCUGUAUAGCCGAUCAUCUGCCUUAUCCACACAGAGAGAUUUUCUCCAGGAGCAGGUCAACACGUUUGAGUUGUUAAAAUUGGAAGUUAGAACUCUAGCCCAGGCUUUGUCAAUUGUAGAGGAAAAGAAGCAAGAGGAAGCCAAGAUGAAGAAAAAAGCAUUCAAAGGAUUAAUACGUGUAUUCCGGAAAGGUGUUAUUGCAAUUUUGGCAGCAAACAGACUCAAGAUUUUGGGCCAGUCGUGUGCCUCUCUUUUUACCUGGAUGGAGAGUUUCAAAGAAGGCAUAGGCAUGUUAGUGUGUACAGGAGAGCCCAAAGACAAGCAUAAAUUUCCAAAACAUCAAAAGGAGCAGUUACGUUGUUUGCGAACUCUCAGUUGGCUCACCAGUUCUGACCUUCUUGCUGCAAUAAUCAGUUCUAUGGCUGAGUUACAGGAAGCUAUUAGUAAAACAGAUCCAAAUUCCAGAAUUUGUGGACAUUUGCUUAUAGGAGCAGCCAAGAGUUCUUUUGCAAAACUCAUGGAUAAAAUUAAUCUGGCAAUGGACAAUAUACCUUUGCACAGGAGCAGGAGUAUUAGAUAUGUGGAAAAAGAUUCCCUGGUUCAGAGGCUGGCCCGUGGACUUCAUAAAGUAAACACACUGGCCCUGAAAUACGGUCUAUGUGGCCACAUGCCCAUUUUGAAAAGCACAGCAUCAUUACAGAAGCAAAUAUUUGGAUUUACACAAAGACUGCACACAGCAGAAGUGGAGCGCCGCUCACUACGCUUAGAGGUCACAGAACUGAAACGAAAUGUGAAUGAACUGAAGAAGGAGCUUGACAAAACCCAGGGUCUUCAGAUGCAGUUAAAUGAAGUUAAGCAGUCAAAAUUGAUCACCCAUGAGAAGUUUGCAAGUGCAUGUGAAGAAUUGAAUAAUGCAUUACUACGGGAACAGCAGGCUCAAAUGCUAUUGAAUGAGCAGGCACAGCAACUACAGGAGUUGAAUUAUAGGCUUGAAUUACAUUCCAGUGAGGAAGCUGACAAAAACCAAACUCUUGGAGAAGCUGUUAAGAGUCUCUCCGAGGCAAAGAUGGAGCUGAGAAGAAAAGAUCAAUCUCUGCGUCAGCUCAAUAGACAUCUUACCCAGCUGGAGCAGGACAAGCGUCGACUGGAGGAGAACAUCCAUGAUGCAGAGAGUGCCCUCCGCAUGGCAGCCAAGGACAAAGAAUGUGUUGCUAAUCAUAUGAGAACAGUAGAAAAUGUGCUUCAUAAGGUCAGAGAUCAGAUCUCGCUGUCACGGACUGCGGCAAGUAGGAAUGACUUCACCCUGCAGCUACCCAGACUGCACCUGGAGACCUUUGCAAUGGAGGGGCUCAAGGGCGGGCCAGAGGUUGUAGCGUGCCAGGCUAUGAUUAAAAGUUUCGUGGAUGUCUACCAGCUUGCAAGCACUAGAAUUGCUACAUUAGAAAAGGAGAUGACAUCUCAUCGAAGUCACAUUGCAACCUUGAAAUCAGAACUUCACACAGCUUGUUUACGUGAAAAUGAAAGUUUACAAUCAACAGGAUCACAAGACCAUUCAAAUCUCUCCAUUCCUUCAAGAGCUGCUCUUCCUGGUGACACAAUUGACGUUGGGGAUCUUUUGCCAUUGAAAGCUGAACCUGACACAACUUACACUUUCUUAAAGGAGACACUUAUAAAUCCUGCGCCCCUGUCGUCAUCUCACUCCUCUCCAGUGAUGAUGUCUGCUACUGCCGGGAGACCAGCUCAGAUUGGAUUAUGACUUUAUGAAAUAAAAAGGAUGCAGGAAGAGUUAACAGUACAAUUAAAAUUGUUUUGAAGGGGGAUUUUCUUAUCAGUUGAAUUUUGCUUCAGCACAAGUGGCCGUGGGUUUUUAAAAAUUGUGUGAUACCUUGAUGUGUACAGGUAUCUGUGUCCCUUGAAUAAUGAAAUAACCAACUUUUUUUUCCCUCUAAGUUUUAUUUAUUAUCACAGUUGCUCAUUUUUAUGUAACAUAUUUUUAAAUGUUAAAGAAUGACACAUUUUGGGUAAUUUCCUUCAGACUUAAAAAAAAAUCAAUAAGCCAUUUUAGUCUCUAUCUAUCAAAGUUGUUUCAUACUUGUCUGUUUUAAAGCAGGACUGCAAUACUUUAAUAGGAUUGAGAGAGCUAUUUGAAAUGUAUGCCAAUGAUUCCUGUCAUUUCAUGGCAGCCCUGCCAUGGUUCACUGAGCCCCCUCUUCUCUCUUGUCAGCUCAACUGAAGACAAGCAUUUAGUUGCAAACUUUAAGCAGGUUGUGCAAAACAGAAAUGAUGUGACUGCUUCUCCUUCUGCACAAUAAUGUCACUCCUGGUCAAUGUGAGAAGGUCAGGUUGCUCCUUGUAAAGCUACAUGAUACCACUUGCCCAUUUGAACAAGUUAAGUUAACUGCUGAAUCUGGUCCCUGCAGGCGCUGAAAACUCAUCCUUUUAUCAAGCCUGCAUUUGAUAAGAAAGUAGAGCAGUUGUGCUGGGAAGAUGUCUGUGGUGUGUUUAGGCACUUUUUAAGGACAGUUCCCACACCAGUACAGCAGGUAAUAUAUUUUGUAUAAGCUGAAAAACUUCAAGGUAAUAGCUGUUUUGACCUUCAAAAUAGACUCCUUUUUUGUUUGUGUUGUUGGUAGGACCCAAGAGUGACGCCCAUCUUUGAUGCUGACAGAAUUUAAAACAAGGCCAUUGCCCUGCAUUUUCUGCCUUGUAGCACACAAAAGUAAAAUUGUAUGUCAGGCCGAGAUGUCGGGGAGCUGACAAGACGCCCCGGUGACAUUUCAGCUAGAAAGAGCAAGUGUCUUGCAACCAAGUGGUCAAAUAUCAAAUAAUAGGUCAAGCAGGAAGGAGCCGAGUUCUAACCACAAAGAGGUUUCUGGUAACUUACUUGACAAGCUUUUUGGGUGCUUUGUGGCUUGACAAAGUGAUGUUCUGUUGGGUAUCGCUAGGCAGACUGUUCUUUAUUGCCUUCAGAAGAUCAGACAUUGACAUUGAUUACUCUUUAACCCUUAAAGGUUAAAUCCUUGCAGUUUGCAUCAUGGUAAGUGAAGAACAAAAGGAUAUUUGUAAUAUGUAUUUGUUUUUGUCUUAAUCGUUUAACUCCCCAGUGAUAUUAACUUCUGAUGUGAAUGGUACUUCUUGACAAAGAAUUUUAAUACAAAAUCCAUAUUUUAUAUUACUUUUCAUUUUUGAGUUCUUCAUUAUGGAUGCAUUAGAGAAUAACAGUAUGUAUUAUGUAAUCUGUAUUGUCAUAACUUUACAGUGACAUUUGAUUUAAAUACACCCAACUUCUAAGAAUUUUUUUUUAUUGGACUUGGUAAAUAAAAUUGGUGUACUGUCUAUGUAUUAGCCAAAUCAACCAAGUGACUUAUACCAUCUGAGAUAACAGCACUAUUACUGUCGUACUGUGUAGCACAAUACUAUUUCUCAUAGUAGUGGGACAAUAUAAUAGGCUUUAUAUAAAUCUUUCGAAAGCUGUUUCUGUGAAGUAACAUUAAUCUUUAACCAAAUUUCUCUACUUCUUUCCUUGGAGUUCUUUUUAUUAACCAUUCUGUGUUUUGAAUAUUAAAGAAUAUGCCCUGUGUAAUAUAAUAUGACAUGUAUGAAAUUCAACUUGAAAAUUUAUUGUAACACAGAAAAUGCUAUAGUUUUUGUAUGGAUCAUAGAAUAAUUCCUGCACAUUUCAAAAUACUUUCCUUGGCCGUUCCAUACAGUGAUUAAGAUAUUGCCCAUAUAGAAAUCAAAUACAGUUUUUUAGUUCAUGUGACAUCAUUGAGUUUCCACUUCUCACACUGCAGAAAAACAGUGUUACUUUACAUCACUUAUAUGUCUGGUGUGUGUGUGUAUGUUUGUGUUAAAUCUGUUUUCAGAUCCUAGUAAUUUAAGGGGAAAGAGCACCUUUGUAAACUUUGCCUCGGACAGACCUUGGUCUUCUUGCCUUAAUUUUACAAUCUGUUCAUGGGAUAACACCAGAAAUAAAUGUAUAUGUCUUUCCAUAUAUGGGAGUAUCUGAUUUUACAGAUAAUUUUUAUACAAUAAGUUCUGAACUAUAAAUUCAAAAAGAUUAUUAAAUCAAAUCAAAGCAUGUCACAUUCAUAACCAACUAGAUGCUAAAGGCCAUAGAGACUGAAGGAUGAGGCUUUUGAGUGAUCAUUAGUACUCACUACCAAAUAUAGUAAUUUUUAUACCGUAUGCUUUUUUCCCCAGAAGUCAGACCCAGCAGGAGGAGAAGAUUUAAUGACACAUCCUAUGGAGAUCUGAGAAACUCUAGACUGCUUCCGAGCUCCUCAGUGACCAGUUGCUGCAUAUUUGAGAUCUGUGUUGUGUUGACAAGGACGGUUGCUCUAUCAGCUUCUUUACUUCCUUAAGAAUGAUGUAUAAAGUAGACUUUUCUCAGGAGAACGACUUCAAAUAUUUUUGGAGGGGAAAGGAAGUUUUACUUUACACCUUAGUAUGUAGAUUUUCUUACCUUUUGUGAUCUAGAAAAAUACUUGUAUUAUCCAUCACUAUCAAAGGGAUUCUUAAAGUUACUGUUUUGACACCUAAGUCAUACUUAUUGAGGCUUUGCCAGCAUUUUUAUCAUAAACAUUUUAGGCUGACAUAAUGCAAAUGCAGAGAGGUGCAGGAAAUUGGGAGAAUUGCCAAUUCAGUGAUAAUUUAAUGACAUAGGUAAAUAACCUCUUAAAUAGUAGAAUGAUAACUUUAAUUUACCGAAUGUCUGACUCUUAUUAAACUUGGCAACACUACUUAUUUCACAUUUAUAAUACAUGCUGUUAUCAAUCGUUCAAUGAGAGCAUUACUAUUUUCAUGUUACUUUAUUUACUGGUUAUAUCUGAAUUUAUUCUAUAGACAAUACUGAACAAUGGUAAAUCGAUCUUAUUUUACUAUGUACUUUUUAUAGACAAGUUUUCUCAUGUAAAAGGUGGAAAGUAACAUAUUUACUGAGCAGCUAUUCUAUGCCAGCUAUUAUAGCAAAACCCUGAUGUUCUCACAAUAAACCUCUUAGGUAUUUCCAUCACCAUCUUAUAGAUGAAUAACUGAGCAUCUAAAAUGUUAAGCAUUUGACUACCUAAGAUCACACAGAACCUAGGAAUUAGUAAAGCCCAGAGCUAUAACUCCGAAGCCCACAUUAUUUCCACUUUACUAGGCCUAUCUUCCAGAAAUAAUUAGCAGUUUUA